UUGAGUGCACAUGACUUUGUAAAUCAGCAAAUAACUUCCUACUUUGUUUUCAGGAAUAUUGGCAUUUUUCUUAACAACCUGAAAAGGUACGAAGAAGCUGUAAAAUAUCUCCGUGAAGCUGAUCAAAUUCUUGAGUUCACACUGGAUUUUGAUCAUACAAUGACCGUGGAAAACCGUGAAUUACUCAAGCAGACACUAAUGAACAUGGGAGCCAAAGAAGAGUUGCGAAAAUAUCUGGAGUCAUCUGAGAAGGCAUCUACCAAGUCUAGCAAAAAUGAUGAAAAUGGCAAGACCGAGCAUGUGCCAGAUUCUUUUGUGCAUGAAGAAGCCAAAGAAGACGAUUUGAACAAAAAGGUGCAAAUUGGAAUAUCUGAGAUAGUUUUGGAAGACAAAACCCCUCUGAAGAUCGCUUCCACCGAGAAAAAUACGCUCAAGAAGAAGUUUGCUGAUCUCUUUUCUGAAGAUCUUUCGGAUUUGCCGGAUUUGAUUUCGUAA